UUAAUGCACUGACAACAAACACUGUUUUACAGCACUUUGACACUUUAAGUAUUUAUCUGAUCUUAUGGAGGACAGGUUUAGAAUGGAGAGGUACAAGAAUUGUGCCAGAAGUAUUCAAGCAUACUGGAGAUCAUACAGAGACAGAAGGCUCUUCAAACAGCUUGUGAAUACUGUGCGCUCAUUUGAACAUUGUCUGGCACCAGCCGUUCUGCGACAACUCAGUCCGAAAGAAGCUGAACUGCUGAACGACCCCAGCCUAAAGUGCAAGCUCAGAUUCAGGUUUGCAGGCCCUCGGUUUCCACCAUCACUUGUGUUCAAAAUAUUCCGCACUGGCAUUGGAGGACAUUAUCUGUCUGGCAAAACACUAUUCACUCCCUCCAGCCAGGCCACAGCAGACACCUGCAGAAUGAUGGGGAACAGGACAUUUCUGGAGAUCAUUGCAGAAGAUGACAUUCACAGGAAGAACACAAUGAUCGCUGAACCACAAGAUGUGAUGUGCAUGAGAGACUAUAUGCAGUAUUCCAGUCACCUGGACGAACUUCCGGCAUGUUUCGGGGGCAGGGAAAAUGGUUGGAGGUUUCUGUCUUUGAAGGUGCUGUCUCGGGAGGGUGCUGUAGGUCAGCUGAAGAAGGUGCUGCCAUUUGGACAUAUUGCGGUCUCUAGUUUUCCCAGACAACAUCCGUCUCACAGCAUUACCCGCUGCUCUGAUGGAUCAUCACCGGUGGUUUCGGUCACCUCGAGACGGCGCUCUGCCCACGCUCAAAGCACUGCAGCUCGCAAGAGAUGCCUCUACAACCUGGACAAAGCUGAGAGAGUGCUGGAAGAGAAGCAGGUGGACAACACUGAAUAAAUUCAGCAUAAAUAAACAGAACAGAACCGCUGAGAAAUGGGACAUCCAGAUAGUUGUACCAUCAGUUGAGACUGAAGACUGCGGUGACAGAUCAUCUGACUCUGAAUGGGAGGAAGAGGCUGAGAAACUGUGCAACUGGUCAAAACAACUAGAUAUAGAUGCUGUAGAUGCACCCGAGUUGUAUGGAGAACUGAUCUUUUAGACUAGUAGAGGCCUUGGUUCAAGUUUGCAAAUUCAUUAAAUAGCCAAUACAAACCAGAUGCAGUUGUGCAUAAUUCUGUUUAGUGUUCAAUUAAUCUGUGUCCAGUUUUGUAGCUGGAUUUACAAGAGAAUGAACUGCAGAUUGAACCAUAAAACAGGUUUUUAUGCUAGCUCAGCCCAGGUGUAAAUGCUGACAUUUACCCUUUAAUGCAUAUGUUACCAGUAGAUUGAUUUUCAGUGUCUCAUAUGCAUGUACACAUAGAUAUUAUACAUGCUAUUUCUUACUUCAGGGUGGCACUGAUGUUCCAGUGAUCGACCUGAUUUGCAUUUGGCAUGAAGAAGAAACGUGGAAGUAAACUAUAGCAAGUUUAAUGCAUGAACAGUAUGAUUUGGCUAUAUUAAUUUGGGUGUACUACUGAAAUUAUGUAAGAUGUGCAUCUAUUUAGACUCAAAAACUGCCUGAGAAAAUACAUGUGUGUUAUCUGUAGCUCAGUAUGUGUUUUGGCAGCCUCAUGACAUUUCAGU